GUCUCCACCCAACAUUUCUCUAACAUGUCCCUGCACAUCUACACUCCUGACUAAUGAGCCAUCAACAGGGAUUGUACUCAGUGCUCUGCUCUGGAGUGUCAUACCCAGGACAUUCACGCUGGCUGCAUCACAGUAUUGAGACUGGAUUAUUAUAUCCUCCAGUAAUGUGGAUUUUAUACUGAAGCGUCCCUGUCUUCUGAAUGCUACACUGCUGGGGCCCUGGAAGAAAGACCUCAAUAUGCAAGCUGAUGCGAAGCUCCUACGUAUGACUUCAUAGCUCUGUGAAGUAGUUCAAGAUUUACUAGCUGGAUGAGGAUCUGAGAGAUAAAGAUAGUAAAGUCACUUCAAAUAGUCACUUCAUUUUUUUUAUUUAAAGAAGCACCAAAUACUAAACACAAAAACCUUUUAGGCAAUUGGGCAGAAAGUUCCACUGAGUGGAACCAAUAGAGGUCUGUCCUUUUUGAGCAAUGAUGAGGCUUUUAUGACUACUGAAAUGCCUGUGAUGCAUACCAUGGGGAGCCCAGAAUGUGGCUUGACCCGGAGUGCCCAACAAACUCUUUCAAGAAGUCACUGCAAAAAUAUCAAGCAGAAAAUAUCCCAGUGGGAAGUUAGGGUCAAUAGUGGUUCAUGUGGAGAUCUGCUUGACCUGAAACCCAAAAGAACUUUUUGUGAUCAAAAUGGACUUAAUAAAUCAAUAGAGGAUGGUUUAAACAACAGCAAAUUAGGUGUAAGUCGUGGUAAGAAUUUGGCUUUAGAUUUCAGGGAAGGUAGUAAGGGCAACUUAAUAGAUUAUGAAAAUAACAGGAUCAUUCCUAGUCAACCAAAUUUUUAUGAGCACUAUGCAGAAAGUCCAACAAAUUUUAACACAAAAGCAAGGACAUUUUCAGACCACGAAAUAGAUCUUCCACCUGGAAACUUUUACACCUCAGCUAAGAUGUUCAAGAAGAACAGUAUGAUUUCACAGGAAGAUUUGACAGAGAUGGUUUUAGAAUUUAAAAGAAGAAGGGGUAAAAGCAUUUCAACAGAAAGGGAGCUAGAUUUGGGGCGCAUGAUGGAUGAAACAAUUACAAUGAAAAGUACAGAAAACAUUUAUUAUGAUACUGAACCCUUUGAUCUCAGUCCAUCUAUAAAUCCUAUCCCUAAGCCAAGAAGGACAUUUCGAUAUGCUAACUGUAACCACCAUGGGGAACGUAUGGACAAUUAUCACAAUCACAGGAGGAGAAAGUCUGUGGAUGAUAGUGACACAGAAUCUUCUGACCCUUCUGUCCCACCACCUGAGCCAAAGAAAUCUGGAAACAGAAAAAUAAGACCCAGAUCCAAAAGGAAAUCCUUUGAAUAUGAAGAUGUUCAAACAUUCAGGCGCUUCAUACAACAAACAAACCACCCUCAGAUCUCUGAAGAACCUAUUGAGCCCUCACGAUCCGCUCUCUACCACACAGUAUCAGAGGACAAUAUCUAUGAGGAAGUUGCAUUUCCCCAGAAAGAAAAUCCAUAUGAAGAUAUCAAAAUAUCUCCUAUGCCUGUCUGGAGAGUCCCAUCAUCAUGGAAGAUCCCUCCUCCAAGAUGUACAAUUAAAACACCUAAGAUCCCUUCAAAACCAAACUUUCUGAAAAGGCAAACACUGGAGCUGAAAAGUACCAAGCUCUAUAUUCACAAGAAAGCUCCCAAGGAUUCCACACUACCAGUGACAUUAAUGGAAUGGAAAGUGUUCCGGAAUGGAGGAGAAACAGGCAAGAAGAGGAAGAAGUUUCCACGGCUUGUGAUGAAGAUACAAGACAUUUUUGAUGCUAAACGUGGAAAGAAGAAGGUUAAAAUUCAGACCUCCACUAGCCAUGAUACUACAUCAAAAGGGGAGGUGAGUGAAUCUGAAAGUGAAGCAGAAGAUAGACAGAAAAAGCACAAUAAGCGUUUGACUCAGUUCCAGAGCUCAUUAAAGCGGAACCCUCACUACCAGACUUUGGAGAGAGACCUCAUUGAACUCCAGGAGCAGCAGCUUUUUGAGUUUUUUGUGGUUGUUUCUUUGAAGAAGAAGCCAUCUGGAAAUGGCUAUAUCCCCUACAUUACUCAACAAUAUCCCAAUAAGAAUGACCAGCCACUAAAACAGUCUAAAGAUACAGAAGAGAGGCUCAACGUCAUCCCCCAGUUUUGCUUCCCUGAUUCCAAUGACUGGGCUCCUACUUCAAAUCUUAAAAGUGAAACAUUUUCUUUUGUGCUAACUGGAGAAGAUGGAAGUAGAUGGUUUGGCUAUUGUAAAAAACUUUUGCCCCAAGGUAAAGGAAAACGUCUUCCUGAAGUGUACUGUAUGGUCAGUCGACUGGGUUGCUUCAACCUCUUUUCUAAGAUUCUAGAUGAAGUAGAGAAAAGAAGGGAGAUGUCCCCUGCUUUGGUGUCUCCAUUUAUGCGCAGUGUCAUGGAGGCUCCAUUUCCAGCACCUGGAAGAACAAUUACUGUGAAGAGUUUCCUGCCAGGAUCAGGAAAUGAGGUAAUUGAGCUGUGCAGGCCCAUGGAUUCUAGACUGGAACACGUUGACUUUGACUGCUUAUUCAGCUGCCUCAGUGUCCACCACCUCACCAAGGUUUUUGCCUCCCUUCUACUUGAGAGACGGGUUAUCUUUGUAGCUGACAAACUGAGCACGUUGUCUAAGUGUGCACACGCUGUGGUUGCCCUACUUUAUCCUUUCACGUGGCAGCACACUUAUAUCCCAGUCCUUCCAGCUUCCAUGAUUGACAUUGUCUGCUCUCCAACUCCAUUCCUUACUGGAAUCCUGUCUUGUUCAUUACCUCUGCUCAGUGAUCUUCCUAUUGAAGAGGUAUUAAUUGUAGACCUAUGUGCAAACAAGUUUCUUCAGCAGGCAUCAGAUGAAGAUGACAUUUUACCUCACAAGCUCCAGGCUGCUCUGGUUCAGAUCUUGGAGCAGAGAAAUGACAUCAUGUAUCAUGAACAACAUUUCACAGAAGAAGAUGUUAGUCUGAAUUCUUUAGUAUCAGAAGCCUUUGUAUGGUUCUUUGUGGAGAUCGUUGGGCAUUACUCUUUGCACAUGUAUGUGAAUGAGAAGGGCGAGCGACUUUUCCAAAGAGAACUGUUCCGCAAGUCCCACACUUCCAGGAGUGUACGCCAGUUCCUUGACCUCUUCAUGGAGACUCAGAUGUUUGCAGGUUUUACCCAGGACAGAGAACUAAGGAAAAGUGUUGUGAAAGGACUUUUCGAGGUUCGGGCCUGUGAAUAUCUGAAGACUCUCCCUGAAACAGAGCCCAGCGGAGUUAACAAGUUUUUGAAAGGCCUAAGUAAUAAAAUGAAGUUUCUUCAAAAGAAAUAAAGGAAAUGAAAAUACUGCUUGUCUGAGUUACGGAGUUGUCACUGUUGGACUCUCCUAGAGGAAUGCCAAUAGCUUCAAUCAGAGUUCCCAAGCGAAGAAUCAAUAGUGUCUUCAUUUCAGUCAUUUGGCUUAUAUUGGAAUGAGUAAACUGUUGAAGAUAAAGACAUAAAUGACCCAUAUCCUCCUGAAUUAUCCAACCACCAGAAAAAGCUGGAUUGCUUUAAGAUAUAUUUUUUAGAAGCCAGGAAAGGAAAACAUAGAAUUUGCUGGAAAUCCCCUGGAUGCUUAUACAAGCAUUUAUGUGACUAGUUAUUCUUGGAUUGUGCUACAUUUGGGUUGACCAAACGUUCCACCCUGAACUAAAACCUGAAGAAACAGGAAUUUAUUUUUGGUCAAAACUCAAAUCCAGGCAGCUGGAUUUGCAAAUCAGAAGCUGGACAAAGGGAAAAAAGCCAGUGAAAUUUUAUGAAAGCACUUCCUAUAAUUUAUAUGUAAAUAAUGGAUGAAACAAAACGAUAAUGAUCUACACAAAUCAUUCUGCACUUAUGUAUAUAAUAAUGCUGUAUUACACUGGAUUUCCACAAUAUUGUGGCAGAUAUAUAAACUCUUAAAGCUGGUGUCACGUAUCACUGUGAAAUGUACCAUAAUGGACUCUGCUCUGUAAAUAAUAUUACUGUAUGACACGUGGGACAGUGCUGUUCUUAAUACAAGUUGCACACGUUGGCAAUGCAAAGGUUACAUCUGCAUUUGGAUGUGUUUGUAGAAUAUAUGAUUAAAAUAUAGAAAUGCACUUUAUUUAGCAUAUUAGAAACUGUUAUAUUAUUUCCAGGACUAAAACGGCAAUGGUGUAUUGUUAAAAUAGUCCAUCAAUGUUCGAUCGGAGGUGUUUUAGCCCCAGGACCCCUGCUGU